CACACACUCUCUUCAUCACGCUACCAUUUAAACUCUAGUCACCCUCCACCCCCCCGCAUUCUGUCUACAAUCAAUAGCGGCGAGAGAUUGCCCCCCCCUCGUUCUACCCACCCUCGUUCCCCGUCGUCCACCGUUGCUUCCAGAGCCCCACCACGAAAUCCGAUACACAAUAUGCAAGAACCACUACAGCGGCGAGCCGGGCUGUCAGGCCGCUACAGCGGGAAGCUUCUCAAGAGUAUCAAUGGGGUAUCGCGGGAUGCCUACGACUCGUCCAAGGGGGGGGCAAGUGCGGCGCAAAACAAGCCCGACAGCAAGAAGGACGAAUUCGUCCUCGACGAACUAUCCUCUGACUCCGCGUCGGAAGCGGAGGUGUUCAAGCCGACGGACUUCACCACUCGCUCGCCCAGCAAGAAGACCAAGACCAACUUGGGUGCGGCCGGCUUGUCCCUUCACGCCACGUAUUCGACCGACGACCUCGCGAAGCUGGAUGCACCCGACAUCUCGAAACCGCCGGUGUCGGUCAAACCGCGGAGUCGCCUACCGAGCGCCGAGCCAGAGUCUAAGAAGCUCAGCUUCAACGCAAGCAACUUUAUCGGUUCGUGCGUUGCCGGCAAGGAUAAAAACCAGGCGGCGGAGGAUGCCUCGCGGACGGCCCGUGAGCCCGGCAUUGGAUGGAACGAUGGUACAAGCCGCCGCAAACCUGUGCGGACAACCUACGGGUCCAGAGGCUAUCUGGGGGCUAGAAGAAAGGUCGAUACGAAUACCAACGACAAACCGAGCAGAGCUACUUCCCCGGCCGUAGUCGUCAUUGAUCCGGUGCCCGCUAAGCCUCCCGCGGCGUCGUCCUCCGCCCCUUCCAAGGGAAAGUUACCGUCCGUCCCGAAGGUACGAAAGCUACCGUCCGCCGAGAAGGCGGGAAAGAAAUCCAUCACCCGUCCAAAGAAGCAAGCCGUUCUUCCCAGCAGUGAUCCAUUAGCAUCGUCUUCCCCUUCCAAUCGUAGUGUGACAUACGAAUCGCUGGCGGACAUUUCCGGCUUCCUCGAGUCGGAUAGUGAAUCCGCCAAGGACCUGACGAGAGGACUGGAGGUGUCCAUCACUAUCGAUGGAGACGAACAUGACUCGUGCAAGCUUUGUUCGUCCCCACUCCCGCCUGGAUAUCUGGACAAAUGGACCCUCUCACGGCCCGUUAGGUUUGAACUGUGGGUAAAAAUAUGUCAAGACCAUAAAGAGUUGGAAUUUCGGGAGGACUGGACGAAGAAAGGAUACCCCGACAUCCAGUGGGAGGAGCUCCCAACCCGCAUCGUCAAACACCUGCCGCAACUGAAAGAUGUAAUUUCCGAGAAGACCGAAUCGCACUUCAGGUCCGAGUUUGCGAAACAGCUGGAGGACACGGCGGGACUAACGAGGAACCUACUGCGCCUGGAGCACAAGCUACCCUUCCCAGGCUACUACGGGCCCAGGGGUGGUGCAAUCCUAAUGACGGCAAUCACCGAACAGCUGGGAGAAAUCGUCGGAAAAGCCGCCGCAAGUGACCGCCUCAUCGCCAAGAGCAGUGUGAGUGCGUUCAUCCAACACGUCCUCGUUCUGGAACUUGCCGUGCUGCUCAUCGCCGACGACAUGAGCGUGCGUAGCAAAACGGCACACAAGAUUCUCGAGGACAGUCAAGAUAUCGGCGAGAAGCUCAAUCCUGUGUCUGAACACCCCAAGGCCCUCGGUGAUGACGAACAGUGGAGGGAUAUCAACGCUACUCAGAAGCCGCGGUCCAAAGUUGUCGGUGAUGACUGGGAAGAGAUGGACUACUGAUGGAGAGAGCAUCACUCGUUAUCACUCCGGACAAAAUCCUACCAACCCCUCUGAUAACCUCCCCUUCCUAUCAUACGUCUCAUCCAUGAACUUCUCCACCGCCUCCACCGCCUCCACCGCCUCCACCGCCUCCACCGCCUCCACCGCCUAUAGCGUCAUAUAUAUUUGUUCCCCGUCUCCG